AUGAAAGAAGGGAAAUCGGCGAAGUUGAAUCAGCAGGAUCAGCAUGAACAGAGUUACCACCAAAAUGGUCACUUGGGUUCUUUCAAAUUCGCCAAAUUGUUCGAUUCCGAAGCUUCCUGGGACAAGGAUCAAUUGGGAGAUGUGUUGCAUUGGAUCAGGCAAGUGGUUGGAUUACUCUGCGGAUUGCUUUGGGGUGCGAUUCCUUUGGUUGGAGGCGUUUGGCUACUUCUAUUUCUGGCGAUCUCAUCUGGUAUAGUGUAUGGUUACUAUGCGAUGAUUCUAAAGAUCGAUGAAGAAGACUUUGGUGGUCACGCAGCUCUGCUCCAGGACGGUCUCUUCGCUUCUCUAAGUCUAUUCCUGCUUGCGUGGAUUCUGGUGUACAGCUUGUCUAGCUUCUGA